AUGACACAUCAUGCACCUUGUACGAGUGGCACGAGCAAUGCCCAUGUCGACGGCAAGAAAGGUGAUAUGUGGAGUGGUUUCCAGACCGAUCUUUUAGAUGGUGAAAUUCCCAAACUUCGUGAGGGUGAUGCCUGGGUCUUUGGAAACACUCACUUUUGCUGUGAUUUCCAACGUAAUGGAGUUCGUGUUUACUCGAAUCAGUAUGGAGGGAACGUCGCCGUCGAGCAUCGAGAAGCGCGAGCUGCUGCAGGAACACCUUUGGCUAUUGAGUUUGAUGUCGAGAAAGUUUUUGAAAUUUGA